GGAGGGAGAGGGAACACAAAACGUGAAAGCGCCUCGCUCUCUUCUCUAAUCAAAUUCAUUUUUUAUUUCUUCUUUUUCUUUUUCAUUAUUAUUAUUAUUAUUCUUUUUUUUUUGAAAUUGAGUUUUGGCCUUCUGUCCUUCUCUGUCCCUCUCUCUGUAAGAGCUUUGCUUCGGCGGGAUAUGCCCAUGGCGGUGCCGUCCUUGUUCUAAACAAAUCCAAGUGUUUAAUCGCCGCCGACGCCGCCUUUACCGUCUCUGCAACUCCGACCGACGUCUUGAACUUCGAAUUUCUCGUUUCUAAUACUUGAUGCUGUUUGGGGCUGGUGGUGGAAGAAAAGGUGGAGUUUGCUUUUGAGAUCUAAGACGUCGUGAGUGGAGAUCGUCGGUUCUUGGAAGUAGUUGAUGAAGCAGUGUCACUAGUUAUAUUUUGCGCUAUUCUCGGAUUCAAAUGUUUUGGGGAAUCUGAACAGUGGAAUGCCGUUGUUGCAAUUCCAAUUUCUAGGUUUUCUUCGCGUUCUGAUGCUUUUGUGGUUCUAAAUUCUUGGUUAUACAUGCCAUGACUACCAAACGGGCGUACAAGCUACAAGAAUUUGUGGCACAUUCUUCCGCUGUCAAUUGCCUGAAGAUUGGAAGGAAGUCAUCCCGCGUUCUUGUCACAGGAGGGGAAGACUUCAAAGUCAAUCUCUGGGCUAUUGGUAAACCCAAUGCCAUACUGAGUUUGACUGGCCAUACGAGCGGAAUAGAUUCUGUAAGCUUUGACUCAUCAGAAGUGUUGGUAGCUGCAGGGGCUGCUAGUGGCACGAUCAAGCUUUGGGAUUUGGAGGAGGCCAAAAUUGUUCGAACGCUUACUGGUCAUAGAUCCAAUUGCAUUUCUGUGGAUUUUCAUCCCUUCGGGGAAUUCUUUGCUUCUGGGUCCUUGGAUACAAAUCUUAAGAUAUGGGACAUCAGGAAGAAAGGGUGUAUCCACACAUACAAAGGUCACACUCGAGGAGUCAAUGCAAUCAGAUUUACUCCAGAUGGCCGCUGGGUUGUAUCUGGUGGAGAAGACAACACAGUGAAGCUCUGGGAUUUAACUGCUGGAAAGCUGUUGCAUGAUUUUAAGUGCCACGAGGGUCAGGUUCAAUGUAUAGACUUUCACCCUCAUGAAUUUUUGCUAGCAACAGGUUCAGCAGAUAAAACAGUUAAAUUUUGGGACCUGGAAACCUUUGAGUUGAUUGGUUCAGCUGGACCUGAGACCAGUGGAGUCCGUUGUUUAACAUUUAAUCCCGAUGGGAGGACAUUGCUUUGCGGAUUGCAUGAAAGUUUGAAGGUUUUCUCAUGGGAACCGAUAAGAUGUCAUGACGGUGUGGAAGUUGGUUGGUCUAGGCUGUCUGAUCUUAAUGUUCAUGAGGGGAAACUUCUUGGUUGUUCGUACAAUCAGAGCUGUGUUGGAGUGUGGGUUGUAGAUAUUACGCGGACAGAGCCGUAUGCAGUUAACAAUGCUAACAGACUAAAUGGUCGACCAGAACCUAAAUCCAGCAGUCAUCUACAAAAUGAGAACAACACCAAGACUAGUUUUGGUGGAUUGUCGGUAUCACAAACUUCUGAUGCACUAUUGAAGGAAACCAAAACAUUGGGAAGAUUGUCAGUUUCUCAAAAUUCAGACGUUGCCAAGGAUCCAAAAUCUUUGUCGUCCACAGGAAAUGGACCAAGUACUCCUCAAAAGAUCAAUUUAAAUGCUGGCUCAAAAACUAAUUUGGUUAGCUCAGCAGCAGUACCUAGUGCAGUGGUGCCGAAGAGAAACUCUGUGAAGGCUACUUCAACAUUCAACAAUCCCAUCUUCAAUAAGUCAGAUGUGAUACCUGUAAUCGUACCCAGGACAAGUUCAAGGCAUGAGCAGGAUGAUUCUAGAAAGGAGUUUGAUGUUGCUGGAAGAGCAGUCCCUGUAUCAAGGACAAAUUCAAGGCAAGAGCAGGAUGAUUCUAGAAAAGAAUUUGAUGUUGCUGCAAGAGUAAUGCCACUGUCCAGGUCAAAUUCAAGGCACGAGCAGGAUGAUUCAAGAAAGGAAUGCGACGUUGCUGGAAGAGCAGCUCCAGCACCAUUGCUAUCCAAAACUACUGAUAACAGGAGGUUUCCAAAUAGUAGAGACGAAGUUGAUAAUCCAACUAUCUCUGUGCUUUCUGAAUCCAGAGGUUUGAAGGCAAAUGACAUGAGCACCAUUGCAGAUAAUAGGAAUUCCUUGCAUGGCAUUGGUUCAAUUCAAGGAGUAUCUGCUCCACAGAAGAUUGUGAAAGAAGAAAGAUAUAUUGGAUCUGGCAAGAAUGAAACAGAAACAAAAGAUACAACAGCAAACUACAAGCACGAAGAUGAAUCAAGAGGCCAUAAAAUAAGCAGGGAUGCAUCUUUUCCUGAAGCUACAAAAGGAGGGAGAUUGCGUUCACAUGUGGAUUGGGAGAAAAGAGAGAGACCUAAUUUUAGCCGGCUAACGUAUAAUGCCUCCCCUGGAAGAGCAGCUGCACUUGAAAAUAUUCCAUUAAAUAACGGGAGAGGAUAUCGUCCAUCUCCUGAGAAAGAAACAGUAUCACCUGCAAGUGAUGAGGAUACCAUAGCAAAUGUUCUACAACAACACGACCAAUUUGUCAACUCGAUGCAAUCUCGGUCGGCAAAAUUGCAAGCAGUCUAUAGACAUUGGGAAAGACAUGACAUUAAAGGAGCGGUUUCUGCAAUGGAGAAAAUGGCUGAUCAUGCAGUUGCUGCCGAUGUAAUUAGUAUUAUGACCAAUAGAAUUGAAGUUGUCACCUUAGACAUCUGCACUUGUAUUCUUCCAGUUCUCUCUGGCCUCCUUGAAAGUGACUUGGAUAGGUAUUUAGACAUUUCUAUGGAAAUGCUAGUGAAGCUGGUGAGGACGUUCGGUUCAGUGAUCUAUUCAACAUUGUCGGCGACAUCAUCUGUGGGUGUAAACAUAGAAGCAGAGCAAAGGUUGGAGCGAUGUAAUCUAUGCUUCAUCGAGCUUGAAAAAGUUAAGCGCUGCCUGCCAGCCCUUAUAAGAAAAAGGGGAUCGGUAGCAAAGUCAGCACAGGAGUUGAAUCUUGCUCUUCAGGAAUUUCAAUGACAUUAAAAACGAAAUAAUCCUCCGCCGCUUUGCUCUGCUCUGCUCUUUGCCAUGAAAAGAGAGUUUCUCCCACACUUCUCUUCAUAUGCAACAACACACCAUGAUCCUGAAAUGGUGAUAUUCUUCUUUGAUGACAAUCUUUCCCGUCUUCCCACUUCACUACUCACAAUGCUUUCUUCCUUCCUCUUUACUAAAACAAGAGUACAGCCACAGGUACUUACUAUUGACGCUGUACUUUCGUUGACCCCUGCCUAAUUCUGCACAUACCCAAACAGGAGACCAAAAAACUAAAACUAAAACAAAUUAAGGGCUAAUUUGUAGUAGAGGACUGCAUUCAGUGUCGGUAUCGGUUUUGGAGAACCAUCAUCUUCAUGAGCCACCCGUUCUAUGUGGUGAAGGAGUUGAGUGAGUUACCUGACCCCCUAAAGCUACAUUUGUUUUCUUUUCUUUCUUUCUUGGCUAACCCUUCCUUUUCCCUAAACGUUGUGCACCACACACCAUCUUCUUCUUCAAUCUUAUUUUGACCAUUUUGUUUCUGAAUAUUGUUAGUUAUGUUGUGGGUGUUGUUUAUAAUUAGUCCACUUUUUCUCUUUUGUCUCUGUCUUUCUUGUUGAGGGAGGGAGGGAGGGCUCUUUCUUGUAAUACCACAUAUCCCCCCCCUCUUUAUGUAUCUCACUCACCAAUUCAUUAAAUUUAUAUGCUCCUUUUUCUUUUCUAGUUA